ACACAGGGACCUAAGAGAGCCCACCAAGGACGCGACAGUUGCAGCAAGAAGCCCCGUACUACUGAACGCCACUAUGCACUUGUUCCUGGCUAUAGUGCUGUUUGCCAGCCUGGCGGUUACCGAAGGGGCAUACAUCAGCCCUCCGUUCCUUCUGAGGCACAGAUCUAGCGGCCAAUGUUACGCCUAUGCUGAAUCGUGGUUCUUUGGCAUGCAUUAUGAAACAUUCCGUGCAGACGAUUGCAGCAAGUCGACAUUACUGCGCUGGUAUCAGAAGGAAGGGCAAUUGGGCUAUCUGAAGGUCGAAGGCUCUGACGGACAUUGUUUGACUCCCCUCGGUAGUUCGGCUGAACCAGCGGAUAAUACAGCAAUUUUCCCACACCCAAAAUGCGAUAAUGCUGCAUUGUUUACAAUCGAAGAAGGAGAAGGUCGGAUCAAACAUUCUGGGGGCAAAUAUGUUCACACGUCCCCAUAUAACCAAGAAAAGCCAGGCGUCAAUUCCGAUUUGAUCAUACGCGGAGGAACUUCCCAAUACAAUCAGUUUGACUUUGUUGACAAGCAACUCAAUAAAGUUCAGGUUAUUCCAAACGAUCUGGUGUAGGACACUGGAUUAUAAUCAGAGACCAACCAGUAUCCCCAAUAAGAAAAAUUAGAUAUUGGUGCAAUUGCCUGUGAAUCUUAUUCAUUUAGAAUAACUUUAUUUUUAUUCUCUCUCUGCUAUGCCAAAUUUCACGGAUUGGGUUUUUGUCUCUUUUUCCACUGUCAUUUUCAGUAUUCAGAUUUUUCUAAUAACAUACCUAUAGAGGUAUUUAGCGAACACACAAAGACGUUUAUUCUGGUUGGGUUUACGUAAUAAACAGUGGAGCAUUAAGGUUGCUGUCGCUGAGAAUUACACAUUCUAAAAUAUGGUAUUUGAAUUCAAUUCAUUAUAAACAGUAUCACCAUAAUGAAAUCACUUUAAAACCCAAAAAUAUAGUUCAUGAUACACGUUUCUCAUUUCCAUUGCCUUCGUAGUGUACGAUUACUACCUUAUAUUAUAUUCUAUUCUAUACGUCAAUACCUCAACUUGUAGUCAUAUUAGUUAUCUUUAUUUCUUACUCUGAUACCUCUCUUAUUUUGGUGGAGGAACCAAAAAAUGAGCAAAAUGAUAAAAAAGGUUCUGAUUUUUUCUUAACGGACAGUUGUUCAGCAUGGAGGACAUCUUUCACUUUUGCUGCACCCAGAUUUAGUUUCACCGAGGAGGUCGUUGUUGGGACUCCUUGGUUUGAGACAUUUCGAUUUUAGACAGUACUUGUAAACUGCACUUUACCUGU